AUGUCAACGUUAAAGACCUUAUUCGAUAUCACCGAAAUAGAUGAUGAACAAUUCGACAUUCUUAUUUUCAAAGAUAACAACCAAUACGUAAUUUCAUUUGUUAUUGACAAUAAACCCUAUCAAUUACUUCUUCCCGAUGCAAAAGAAAUUACGUUGAAAAGAAAACUUCGAAACAUAAAUGCAUAUCCUUUAUUUAGAAUGCUAAUUCAAUCCAGGUUUCAGAGCCUCGCUGACUCUAAUCAAAAGAAUCGGUUUAAAAACCAAGAUAUUUCUAAGCUCACAGGAAAGAUGUGGGGGUCUUCUGAAGAAUUCCGAGAAGAAUUUGAAAAGUAUACAAGCCAAGUAAACCUUCACCGUCCUAAACCUUUAUAUGAUUUUAAAACUCAGGAUCCUAAUCAAAAACCAACCAGGGGAAAACGUUCAAGCAAACCUAACAAAAAAAGUAAAGAAGAAAAUACUAUUAUUUUUCGUGACGCGCAGCCAGCAACAGGAUCUACUGAAUCAUUUUCCGAGUCGCUUCAUUAUGGUUCUCAAUGGCAAAGCAACGAGAACAACAAUAAUAACACGACCGAGCAGCCUAAGCAGGGUAGCAAUAAUUGCAAUGCAAAAUUGACAAUAAGCGAAAAUUCCGUCCCUUCUAAUGAUGAUGAAUUCAAUCCAUUAACGUCCAUGCCCUUUGAGGUGUCACAAGAAGAAUUAGAGUAUUUCUAUUUUUAUUACAAUUGUUACUUUGAAAACGUUGCUGGAGUUGCUGGGCAAUCCAAUUCAAUGCAGUAUGAUAAUAAUUUUUCGUCUUCUGACGUAUAUCAAAAUAAUUUUCAAAAUGAUUUCGCGUCAAAUUCAAAUUUCAACACUCCAUCAAACUCGAACGCGAAUAUUUUCCAAUAA